AUGUCGGAGCCAUCCUUCGCCUUCAAUGUCGCCUACACAGUUCCCGUGAAUGGCGAGGGAAUGACCCCAAUUCUCACUUAUGAGGAAUUUUGGAAGGGCUUACGCCGCGGCGGCCGCAACCCCCACGAUUUCGCCGACUAUGUCGCUAGCACCGAAGUGCACGCGGACCCAACGGCUACCGAGUUCAAACGGAGCCUAACGCUUGCUGAUGGGGCUGUGCAUAGUUCACGGGGAACGAUUCUGCAUCAAGAUGUUCGCAUCGCAGAAGGACUUCAUGUUGAAUCCACCACUACGGACACCGGUGCUAAGAGCACAAUGUUGGUAUCUUACGGGGGCGCCCCAGGGCAAGGACAAGAGUCACUGUUUUUGACGGCCAUGUAUGAGCUACGCGUGAACAGCGUGGUGCCAGGUAGCUCCGAGGCAAAGGAUAUCGAAACGAACUAUGCCCAGUUGGCCAAGGGAGCGGCUCUCACAGCGGUGGAAAGGAUUCGGCUGUGGAAGGUAGAGGAUCGCUUGGAUGCUCCGUAG